UAUACCGAGCGUCCCAUCUGGGAAAUUAUUUAUUUAACUUAUGCACGUUACAAGCAUGCACAUUUAACGUAUAAACUGCUUUUGUAAUGAUCUGGUUUGUCAUGGGAAAGUUGUCGAUGUAAAAUGCUUCAUUAUGCUGCGUGCUAGAAGUGUAAGCGACAUCUGUUGUCGUUUACCUUAUAAGAUCAUUUAUCCAUUGGGGAGCUUAAGAUUUCGCUGUAACCUUUGAAUCCGAACAUUUCCUUUGUCAGUUUCUUAUAAAGUGUAGAUUGGGAAGAUAAUGGAAUUUAUUCGAGUAUUAUCAUAAACAGGGGUGGAACUUAGGAUUUUUUGCUACUAACCGACUGGGUUCGUUCAGAAAAAAGGUUGUCUGACAUUUUGUACUAGACAGGCUAGUGUUCCGUCUUCUUUACUCCCCUUUGGUCUAAAUUAUGUGCCUGAGUGGAGUGGGCUUAAUUUCCAUCUCCGACCCUAACACAUGACACUGGUCCAUUCACUUGUUUUCCGACGUCGGGUAUCAGACUGCUUAUACCCCAUAAAUAUAUCUGGUGAUCACAUGGACGAGCAGGAAAGUCUCAGUAUGGAGUUGCUUGAGAUGGAUGUUGAGAACCUUGUCCACUGCCCCCCUAAGCAUGGCAGGCCUCCUUUGUUGGCUGCAUUACGAAAGCAUCACACACAUGUGAAGAAGAAGGCCUUUGCCACAUUUGUAGCCUCUAAGAAGGUUUCCGUCUACAGUGGAGUGGGUCUUGGCCAGUGGCAGUGCUGCAGGCACACCUUCAAGGAGCCAGCUUCCAUUCACAGACACGUCGCCGGCACUCACAGCGCUGAAAUACUUCAGCAUACCAGAGGUAUCUUAGAACAGAUGCUAAAUAGGGAUGAAAGUGAAAGUCUUGAACAAAGACCACCGAGCGAAGAGGAACCUCAGGACGUGUCAUUUUGGAUCCCACAAAACAGCCACUUUAAUGAGGAUCAGCUGGUCAACGGUCUGGGCGAAGUUCUUUUGUAUUACUGCUACUGCCCUUUGGAGAACCCCCACCUCAUUUGUCUGUGGCAAAAAGUGCUGUGUGAAAAAUUACACCUAACUGGCAAGAUUCGCGUGGCGAAAGAGGGUAUAAACGGAACCGUGGGAGGAACCAAAGUGGCCACAAGGUUAUAUGUCGAAGCGAUGCUUUCUCAUCCGAUCUUCAAAAUGAUGGUGCAGGAGGAUUUCAAGAGAAGUGAAGGAGGUGCAGAGUGCUUCUCUAACCUGAGGGUAGGGGUUUACGAAGAGAUCGUUCCGAUGGGGGUGGAUCCUGAAGUUCUCUCAUACAGAUUGGCUGGCGUCCAUUUGGAGCCUGAAGAAUUUCACAAAGAAGUUGAAAAGCUUUUGUCAAAAGGAGAUUCAUGCACAGAUACCGUCCUCCUGGACUGCAGAAACUUCUAUGAAAGUAAAAUAGGACAGUUUAGUAAAUGUCUUGCUCCUGACAUCCGUAAGUUCAGCUACUUCCCAGACUACGUGGAUAAGAACCUGGAGCUCUUUCGGGACAAGAAAGUGCUCAUGUACUGCACCGGCGGCAUUCGCUGCGAGCGGGGGUCUGCGUACCUACGCUCAAAGGCUGUCUGUAAGGAAGUGUAUCAGCUAAAAGGAGGCAUUCAUAAAUAUCUGGAGCGAUUUCCUGAUGGCUUCUAUCGGGGAAAACUUUUUGUGUUUGACGAGCGAUAUGCAAUCGCCUAUAAUGAUGACAUCAUCUCAGAAUGCCGGUACUGCGGCACCCCAUGGGACAGCUACGAGCUGUGCUCCACGCAUUUCUGCUGCCAGCUGGUCCUCUCCUGCACCUCCUGCCGACAGCAGGGCCGCACCUCCUGCUGCCUAACCUGCCAGGCCAAGGGCGAGGUGUCCGACUGCAGGGCCCCCCCCGCCGAGCUGAAGGAGGAGUGCGAGUGCACGGCCCUGAGGGUGCGAAUUCCCCAGGACAUGGUCUGACAGGAGUGCAGACGCUGCCACCACACAACUCAAGAGCUCCUGGGAAGAUCGUGUUGACAUAUGACAAGAGUUUAACCAUUACAGCUAAGGAAAAGAAGGCCUUUCUAGAAAUUUCUGUCAACAACAGUGAACUCAUUUUAUUCUUG